CUGUGUAUAGUGUGUCUCUCUGAGGUGCGCUGGUUUUGCAGACAUGGCGGUGCAGGUGUGGUGCCUGUCCUUCCGGCAGCCGUACGCCGGCCUGGUUCUGGACGGCGUGAAGACGGUAGAGAGCCGCUGGCGCCCGCUGCUCGCCGCGCUGGAGAACCAGACGCUGGCGGUCCACGUCGCCCGGCGCGACUGGGACGGAGACGAGUGGCAGGCGGUGCUCAGCGGCCCCCUGGGGAUGACCCCGCAUCAGAUACAAGCGCUCCUCCAGUCUGGAGAGAGGUUCGGCCGCGGUGUGGUGGCUGGACUGGUGGAUGUGGGCGCGACCUGGCAGUGCCCCCCCUCCCUGCAAGGAGCGGAGCUUGAGGAGCUGGAGCGCUCGGCUGCUCUGAUUGGUCUGCAGGAGAAACACCUGACUCAGCUGUCCAACCCGCGCUGGCUGAAGGCGCCGCUGAGCUCCAGGGGGGGUCGCGACCUCUGGACCGUGGAGAUCCCCGUAGAGCUGUUACCAUGACGACGGAGAGACAGCCCUUUCAGAGCGGUUACAUCGACGGACAGACAGCCUCUUAGAGCUGUUAUGACCUGCAAGGACCUGACCUAAAGGACUAGUUCUACAAAGGAAGGACCUGGCCUGGGAAGACUAGUCCUACCAAGGAAGGCCCUGACCUGAAGGACUAGUCCUACCAAGAAAGGACCUGGAGGACUAGUCCUACCAAGGAAGGACCUGACCUGAAGGACUAGUCCUACCUAAUAAGGACCUGACCUGAAGGACUAGUCCUACCUAGGAAGGACCUGGCCUGGAAGGACUUGUCCUGAGAAUCCAAUCCUCUUUUUUUCUACAUUUCUUUCUAUAAAGUUUCCAGUCGAGUUCAGAGAUUCCUGUUCUAAAUGUUUUUAGUUUUGUUAAUAAAGUUUCUUCAGACUUCA